AUGGUGAAAACAAGUGGUGAAAAGAAUCAGCUGAAAUCAAUUACCGUUUCCCCCCACCCACUUCACUCUCCGGCCAUGGCCAUUGCUCAGAAGAACGCAGAAAUUACAGCUCUUUUUUCUCCCAAGAUGAACCAGUGGAGACCAGGGAAGAAGGAGAAGUUGUUCAGGAGAAAAACUUGGGUCUCAAGUACCCAAACGAGUACCAGUUACGAUCAAGGAGCAGUUGACAGUUUUCUACUUCCUAGAAGUGUAAAAUGCAAGAGAACAACUGUUGAUAGCGUAUACAACGAUCUUGAAGCUCAAUCUUCUGUUAUGGCACAAGCAAAGGAAGUUCAAGCAAAAUUAUCCCCUAGUUGUCCCAGUCUUAUUAAGGUUAUGCUCCCGUCACACGUCACCGGAGGAUUUUGGCUGGGUCUUCCAAAAGGAUUCUGUGACAGCCAUUUACCAAAGCAGGAUACCGUAUUCGUCUUAGAAGAUGAAAGUGGAAUAGAAUAUGAAACAAAAUAUCUAUCCGAAAAAAAGGGGUUGAGUGCUGGAUGGCGAGGCUUCUCAAUGGCUCACAAAUUACUCCAAGGAGAUGUUAUUGUUUUCCAUUUGGUCAUGCCUAACAAACUUAUGGUCUACAUUGUGAGAUCCAAUGGUGCAGCUGAGGUUGAUGGUGCUUUAGGCCUUAAAUAUGAGGCCUGCAACAAACAAUCAUCUUUAUAUAGCAAAGAAACAAAUAUCGCUCAUGUUAAGGAGGAACAAACAACCCUCGACAUUGUAAAUAGCAAAGAGACAAACAUUCUUCCCGUUAAGGAGGAAGAAGAAGACGAUAGUCCCGCCUCCCUCGCAAUGGAUAUCAAUGAAGAACAUAGGCAAACGAGUGGCCAUGCAGUUUUAGAUUCUGAGAUGAUUUCCGGACAAGAGGAGUCUGAAGAUGUCAGCAAGAGUUUUGGUUCUAACCCCAUGAAUGGAAUUCAAUUAUCAGACUCAACUCUGGAUUUCGACAAAGUGAAGAGUUUGAAUGAUUUCAGCAUUUCUGUCAAUGGAUUGAUUAUCGACUCCGAGCUCUCCAGUCACAUUAGAACCAAAUACUACGACCUGUGCUGCAGCCAGAAAUCAUUUCUUCAUGACCAUAUUCUAGAGGGUCUAAAUUACAAACUUGUUUCAGGAAUCAUAUCAGAGACCAUCAACAUUGCUGAUGCCAUUAGAGCAUGCAAGAUCACCACCUCACAAGAACACCUUGCCACUUGGGACAAAACUUUGACCGCCUUCGAGGCCUUAGGAAUGAAUGUAGGCUUUCUACGCACUCGAAUCGACCAACUACUGAAUCUCUCUCUAAAGCCAGAGAAGAAAAGAGAAGCAGAGCUGAAGCGAGACUUGAUACUAGCAGAAAGAAGCAUUCUCAUGGCGAAAAUCAUGGAGGGAAGAGCCACCGUGAAGCGAUUGGAAGACGAAAUUCAUUCUUUAGACACCGAUAUCGGGAACAUGGAGCAAUUGUUCCAGGAAGUGGCCAGUGUCCAUUGGUGAUGAUAUACAAUAGUACCAUAGUUUGAGAACUUUCUGCCAUUAGUUUUGGGAAGUUUUUUGGAGAAGAACACACUAAUGGCUGGAGAGGGCUAAUUGUGAAUACUGGUUUCUGUAACAGAUGAAUUCAGUGUUUAAAUAUCAUUUCUUCUUGUAGUUUUGUUCUCCCUCUCUUGGAGGAGUGGUAAAAUAAAGUGUAUAAAAUAAAUUUAUUUGGUGGAUCUGGAAAAAAAAAAAGAUUUGCC